AUGAGUUUAAACAAUUCAUCAUUAUCGUUGAACAAGAUAACUAGUCAUAAGAACACAUCCACUUCCAAUCUAAGUGUCACAUCGAAUUCUAAUGAUCCAUUCUAUGGAUUAUCUUUCAAAGUAGGAGUAGCAGAGAAUAAGAAUACUACUUAUAGAUCAAAAAUGGAAGAUGUUCACACUUAUGUUGCCAAUUUUGCUGAAAGAUUGGAUUGGGGAUAUUUUGCAGUUUUUGAUGGUCAUGCUGGUAAACAAGCAGCCAGAUGGUGUGGUAACAACUUACACAACUAUUUAGAGCAAGAAAUUUUAGAUAGUGAAGAGAAGAAUCUUGAAGAUUAUGAUAUGAGAGAUAGUCUUAAUAAUUCAUUUUUAAAAGCUGAUGAAUCAAUAACUAAAGAAGGAAGUGGGAAUUCUGGUUGUACGGCAGCUGUGGUGGUUCUUGCUUGGGAGAAGAAUGGAAAUAAAGAAAAAUCUAAUGAUAAUAAUGACAAUUCAAAUACUAUUGAUUAUAAAAAUCAUAAACGAGUAAUGUAUACUGCUAAUGUUGGAGACCUGAGAAUUAUUUUAUGUCGUGGAGGUAAUGCUUAUAGGUUAACUUAUGAUCAUAAAGCUAGUGAUAUUAAUGAAAUCAAUCGUAUAAGAGAUUCAGGGGGGUUAAUCUUAAAGAAUAGAGUUAAUGGGAUCUUAGCUGUUACCAGAUCUUUAGGUGAUUCUUAUAUGAAAGAAUUAGUAGUGGGGACUCCAUUCACUACGUCGACAGAAAUCUAUGAUACUGAUGAAUUUAUGAUUUUAGCAUGUGAUGGUGUUUGGGAUGUUAUUUCAGAUGUUAAGGCGGUGGAGAUUGUUAAAGAGAGCUUUACAAAAUCAGAUGAUCCUGAAGUUGCUGCUAAGAAAUUAUGUCAAAUUGCCAUGGAUAACUCAACAACAGAUAACAUUACCGUAAUGGUAGUGAAACUCGAUACUACUAUUUUUAAACGUACAUAA